UAAUCUUUGUUAUGGAGCGCCAGCGCCUGGGUUGUAACUUGUUUAUGAUCGACACACCAUGGGGGCAGUUCAAAGUACCGCAUAUAAGAAUAGAAUCGAUCUCGAGGCACUUCCGUGUCCGUAGUCGCUAUCGCGACUUCUCGGAACCCCUGGCAGAGUGCCAGCCAGGUGUGUGACAUGACAGGAGAACGUCAACAUGGCGCAGGAGACUCCGAGAUUUCGGAAGAUGAGUUUGCGAAAAUGGUACAAGGACCAGCCCGAUUACGGUAACCGUUCACACAGAGUCCCUGCUGAAGAAGGCCCCACGUACCUGGAUAUCAAGGAGAAGUUACAGGGUCGAGUAAAGUACCACAAGGAGAGAGCAAAAGAAUGGAAGGAAGAACAAGAUAACCUGGAGAAGGAGCGGCGGAACAGACAGAGAACAUUACGUUCAAACCUUACACACAGGGGUUCGGAAACACCCCGUGGGAAACACUCAUCCAUGAUACACAGAAACAUUAGAGUCCACAAGGACACCAGGAACGUUCUCUGUCCUCCGUCUUACGACGACUACAAAGACAGGGGCGACAGGGUGCCGGGAACCAGGUGGACCUUGGUCAGAUAUUACGAAACUGGGCGAUAGUCAGGCGCAACAAACAUCAACAGUGCGUCGACCGAAUAUUACAUGUAUAUUACAAAACAUCACCCGGAAGCUUCUACAGAUUUGUAACAACAUCGUGUGGAAACCUGGUCAUUAUAAUGAUACAAAAUGCCAUACAACAAGAACCAGGACACCAUCUAAAUGUAUUCACUUGUGUUUGUCCAGGAAGAAUCUCCAACUCCGGAUUAAUAAAAUGGUUUUCGAAUGGAAUAAACUUUAGCAAGAACAUACGCCUCAGUGCGACACGGUGAUAGCCCACAUAAAUGAUGUGUAGUUUAAAGACCUAACUAAAAUGGUAUCGACAUUUCAUGUACAGUUAACAAACAGCAUGCAUUUGAGGCAGUCAUUGAACCCGACUCUCUCCACAGUGUAAAUUUGAAACACGAGUUUUAGAAAAUGUUUGUGGAGGCCAAACCCUGAAACCAGGUCUCAUCUUAUGGCCGCAUAUUUGUGAAGUCAGCUUUAUUCAGAAUAUAGUCAUUAUCU